UACGCCCAGUGGUGACUCAGGCUAGCAGGGCCGAAGAGGAGAAGGACCAACUACUCCAUCCACGCUCAGGAGUGAGAAGACGUAAUCAGAUCAGCCUCGGAGCUUGAACACGAAGGCGCGGGCCAUGGCGCGCCUUCACACGCAUCCAAGUGCUGCUGUUGUGGUCGUCGUCACCAUGCUCCUGCUCCAAGCUUGCUCUGAAGGUAGUCAAGCAUCAGCAUCUUCCUCGCAGCGGCUGCCUCUGCAUCAGAUGCGCAAGAUGCUCAGCGUCAAUGCGCCUUCCAUGUCAUCGAGCGGCGGAGGAGGCCACUCGGUGGAGCCGUUGGAGCUGGAGGAGUGCUCGCAGGACCUCCUGGAGGUGUCCCAGAUCAACGCGCCGAGCAUGGCCGGCGGCAUACCGGCCUACAGCGUGUCGAUCACCAACACCUGCACCGACUGUCUCGUGUGCGACGUCCACAUCGCAUGCGGCGACUUCGCCUCCAAUGAUGUCAUCGACCCGGCCAAGUUCCGUCGCCUCGGCUUCAACGACUGCCUCGUCAACGACGGCCGGUCCAUCGACCCCAGCUUUCCCGUGUCCUUCCACUACGGCAACUCAUUUCCCUACCCGAUGACAGUCGCGUCAGCCUCCUGUGCCUGUAACUAAGCUAUGGCUAGAGUAUUUUUCUUACGAAUAAAAUCAACUAGAACUCGGCUUCGGGCUGGUGGUCUGAUCGUACUCUUGGAGCUACUGUUAUCUAUGAAUGUAUGUGGCGUCGUCGAGGAAUAGUUGCACCGAGUCCAAUGAAAAUUAUCGUUGCUAUAUAUGAAAUGUUUGGUGCUUUGAUGUUUAA